CCCGCUCCGCGACGCCCCGCGGCCAGGGGCGGGCGGCGGCGGUGGCGCCUCGUCCCCAUCCCGCAGCCGAGGAGGCGGCGGCGCUGACGCAGCAGCAGCGCGGAGCUCGGGACUCGCGGCGCUCCCGCCGCUGGAUUUCUCCCCCCCGGGGCCUGCGGCAGCCUCCCGGAUUGGACAUUGAUCCUAUGACGCAUGCCCGGAAAAAACAACUUUUCCUUCUGAAACAUCCAGCUGGUUCUGCUGGCCAGGCCUCGUCGCCAACAGGCAGCAGGAGGAUGGACAGGGCCAACGCAGAGCAGCGGGAUGGAGAUGCCUCGAAGGCUCCAAAGUGUCCCAGUGGGUUUGUAGGGAAUAACAAAAGCAAGAGUUUGCGCGAAGUGCGAAAGACGUACCCGCUGCGGAGGCGGCUGCUCCCCUCGGUGAGCAAAAAGACCUGCAAGGUCCUCCUCACCAGGCUGGAGGAUGUGGCUGGCUCUCUGUCCAAACAGACCCCGAGCUGUAAAAAAAAGCACCUUGCCAGCUGGGUUGAGGGUUUGGGAUCUGCUUUGUUCUCAGAACAAGUUCAGCCUGUGGGAGCGGGCAAGAGUGACUCAUCCGGGGAGAAGUGCACAGUAACUUAUCCCGGGCCGGAGCAGGACUUUGAUCCUGCUCCCUCGGAGCCCAGGAAGCGCCGGCUGGCCUCGCUGAACGCCGAGGCGGUGAACAACCUCCUGUUCGAACGGGACGAUGGCUUGUUAUCCGGCAGGCGCUUCCGCAGGGACUCUGGGAAGGCUGCUGGGGACUGUACCCUCAAGGGCUUGCAGUGCAAAGCCGGUGACAACUGGCCUGCCCUGGAAAAACCGGCUGUGAAAACAGGGAAAGGAAAGAACCGGCAUGAGCCCAGUCAGAAAUGCAAUAGCUGUGAGCAUUCGCUGGAUGAGGUCUUUGAUGAUGGGGCAAAGAGGGAGGAUGGUGCCAUCUCCUACCAUCCCACCCCAAAGAGACUGGCCAGCCUGAAUGCCGUGGCCUUCCUGAAGCUGACCCACGAGAAAGACCAACCCCUGAAACAGAGGAGUAAAUCGGACGGGGAGGGCAAGUCUGAGAACCACUGUUCGAAAUCUACACUCAAAUGGGCCAAAGCCGGACGGAAGAACUGUGUCAAAUCCAAGAAGGAAGUGGCUAGCUUAAAAAUGGAUGGGCAGCAUGGCUGGCAAGGCCAGACCCUGGGCACGUUUGGGAAAGGGGAGCAGCGGGACUCUUCCAGGCUCUAUGGAACAACAGAGCCCGUCCCCUACGAGUCGCUGUCUGGCUCCUACGCCAGCACGGAGGGCUUCUACCACAGACUGCCUUUGCUCAUGGGAGGACAAGCUUCCAUGAAGCCGGAGUAUGGAAGACCUGGAGAGAAAUCCCCAACCCCCAAACAGGAAUUUCAUCAGCCUUCCUUUCCCGUGCAGCAGUUCCCUCCCUUGCCUGUGCCCGGGAAUCACGCGGAUUGUGGAUGUCUCUAUGAAUCCUCAGAUCUGACUCCGUUGAACGGGUUUUAUGUUUAUUACGGCCAAAGCGGAUACAGUGGCUAUUCCCCCUGCUCCAUUUAUCCCAAGGACGAGCUGUCGCAGGCUGCGACCUGCGAGGGGCUCCUGGUAUCUUCCGGUUCCUUGCCAUCAGGUGCUCAUUUCCAGCCCCUGCACUGGUGCAGCUCUCCGUACUGCUGCGGGGAGGGAGCAGCCGUGAGCAGCUACAGCGUCUGCGGCGUGGUGCAUGUGCCGGAGGGCAGGAUCGGCAGCGUGCAUGCGGGACGGAACAGCUACCCCUACAAAAUGCCUUUUGCAGCAGAAGGCUGCAAGUCUCUGGACCAGCUGAACCUCACAAUCCCGGUGGCAGGACACCCCGCGUCGCCUGCCCACCCGCUCUCAGGAUGUCCCGUGCCCAGCGUGCCGCCAGCUGCAGAGCCCGUUCCUCACCUGCAGACCCCCAACUCUGACCCUCAGACCAUGGCCCGAGAAUGUCCUCAGAGCUCCAAGCCCCCCAGCGGCUCCAAGUCGGGGCUGCGGAAUACUCCAGGCUGCCUGCACGCCUCCAACAGCAAAGCGGCGGGCGGCCACUCGCACCCCAAGCAGCAGCGGAUCGGCCGGCGCAGAGCCACCAACGGCUGGAUCCCCGUGGGCACGGCCUGCGAGAAGGCUGUCUACGUCGUGAACGAGCCCGAGCCGGCCGUGCGCAAGAGCUACCAGGCUGUGGAGAGGGACGGGGAGAUCAUCCGGGUGCGGGACACCGUGCUCCUCAAAUCCGGGCCCCGCAAGAAAUCCAUGCCCUACGUCGCCAAGAUCUCUGCACUCUGGGAGGACCCCAAGACAGGGGAGCUGAUGAUGAGCCUCCUGUGGUAUUACAGACCAGAGCACACUCAGGGAGGCCGCAACCCCAGCAUGCACCAGAAUGAGAUCUUUGCGUCGCGGCACCAGGACGAGAACAGCGUCGCCUGCAUCGAGGAGAAGUGCUACGUGCUGACCUUCGCAGAGUACUGCAGAUUUUGUGCCUUGGCAAAGCGUCGAGUUGAAGGGAUCCCGGGCAGGAAAACCAUCAUGGUUCCUCCCUCGGAGGAGUAUUCCACCCCUCUGCACCGCAAGGUGCCCGAGGACACGGACCCCGAGCUGGUUUUCCUCUGUCGUCACGUCUACGACUUCAGGCACGGGCGCAUCCUGAAGAACCCGCAGUAGCGCAGCCUUGGCUCGGAGCGGGCGGCACCGGAGCGCCCACCAUGGCCUGGGACACCUGUGCACUGUCACCCACCUCAUGCUGCUGCAGGUGGGAGCGCCCAGCGCUCCGCCCUGGGACUGGGAGCGUGCGAGGAGCGGAGCCCCUGGAGGGGGAGGCAGCAGCUGAAAGCACAGCACUUCAUUAAAAGCAUAAAUGAAAAUAUAUACGUAAAAAAAAUAAAUAUAUGUAUAUAGAUAUAGGGAUUUGCAUAAGUAAAUCUAUAUCUAUAUAUGUAUGUAGAGCUGCAUCUAUUGGGAGGGUUUGCAGGGGAUAAAAGCCAGGAAGCAGUGCAGAGCCAUGGCUGGGGGAACGGCACCGAUGUGCA